AUGCCUGGAUGGAGGUCUCAGUGGCGUCUCGUCCUGCUGAACUCCCUGACCUGUGGCCUGGAGAUCUGUGUGGCAGCUGGGAUCACAUACGUGCCCCCACUGCUGCUGGAGGCUGGAGUGGAGGAGCGCUACAUGACCAUGGUGCUGGGUAUUGGCCCAGUGCUUGGCCUCCUGUUCAUCCCCCUGAUUGGCUCAGCCAGUGACCACUGCAACAGCAGCUACGGCAGACGACGGCCUUUCAUCUGGCUGCUGUCUUUGGGAGUCCUGCUUGCCCUUGUCAUCAUUCCCCAUGCUGAUGUACUGGCUGCACGCCUUGCCUGGGGUGGGCGCACCCUUCAGGUGGGCUUCCUUAUUCUUGGCGUGGGGCUCCUUGACUUUUGUGGACAAGUGUGCUUCACACCACUGGAGGCUCUUCUGUCGGACCUGUAUCGGGACGAGGAGGACUGCGGCCAGGCCUUUGCCAUGUUCUCCUUCAUGGUCAGCUUGGGAGGCUGUGUGGGCUAUUUGCUACCCGCACUGGACUGGAGUCGCGGCCUGCUCUCCGUUUAUCUGGGAGGCCAGGCCGAGUGCCUCUUCUCCCUUCUCAUCCUCAUCUUCAUCUCCAGCCUGCUAAUCACCAUGAAGGUGUCUGAGGAGCCCUUGUGUGCCAACAGUGUCUUGGCAGGGUCUGGAUCGUUACUGGAGACGGGGGCCGGUGCGAAGGAGGCCGGCCGGUGCGGCGUCCCGCGCUCAUGUUGCUACCUGCUGAAGUGCAAACUGAGGCUGCUGAAGUCUGGACCGCUGCUGUGUCUGCUGAGAACAUGUUGGUCCAUGACCCCGGCCAUCUACAGGAGCUACUGCCAUGUCCCGCAGGUGAUGAGGCAGCUGUGUGUGGCUCAGCUCUGCAGCUGGAUGGCUGUCAUGUCUUUCAUGCUUUUCUACACAGACUUUGUGGGGGAAGGCCUGUACGAGGGCGUGCCCAGUGCAUUACCAGGAAGUGUGUCCAGGCAAAGAUACGAUGAAGGUAUCCGUAUGGGCAGUCUGGGCCUGUUCCUGCAGUGUGCUACCUCAACCUUCUUCUCCCUGGUCAUGAGUCGUUUGGUUCGCCAUUUUGGCUCACGGUGGGUCUACCUGAGCAGCAUGGUGAGCUUCACAGUCUCUGCUUUGGUCAUCUGCCUGUCCAAAAGUGUAGUCCUUGUUACCGUCAUGGCCGCCCUCACUGGGUAUGCGUACGCCACACUGCAGACUCUGCCCUACACACUCACCUGCCACUAUCACAAGGAGAAAGAGGUCUAUAUGCCAAAAAAGAAAACCAAAAGCGUGCAUAAAAAUGGUAUUGCAACCAAGCGGGACUCGGUUUAUUUGACUCCUGUGGAAGAGGAGGGCGGACUGAACCACAAAACGGGAACCCCCUUUGGGAACGCCUUCUUCGGCCAGGACAGUUAUGAGUACUACCCCGUUCCACACGGCCAGAACGGAUCGUCUCACAGCUCUGGUGGCGCCGAACAGGAGGAGGCCGAGUUGGGGUUUGAGAAACGUGGCGUGGGUUUGGACUUUGCCAUCUUAGACAGCACCUUCCUCCUCUCUCAGGUUUUCCCCACCCUCUUCAUGGGCAUGAUCGUUCAGUUCGCACAGUCCGUCACUGCCUACAUCGCCUCCUCUGCCAUCUUCGGUGCUGUCGCUAUCUACCUGGCCAGUCAUAUCAUCUUUGACCACAAGGACCUCAAAAGCUGAGACUUGCAUGCAACAGAUGUGGGAGUGAUGGAAUCGCCAAUAAUCAAUCAGUCAUUCAGGUUCCUCAGGUGGAACUCAACAAUGCACUACUGGUUCCAGAAUGCCUUGCUCUAGUACUGUGUGUUUGCUCUGCGUUGGAAAAGUGUGUGUCUGUCAGUCGGUUAUGAGAGAAAGUGGCGAAAGAAAUCUGCCAAUGUGCAGUUUCUAUGUUAGAGCAGGGGUUGUUACCUGCUACCUGAGGAGUCACCACCAACUGUGUCCUCAGGUCCUGUACAGUAUCUCUGUAUCUCUCAAAGUAUCUCUCAAAACUUGUUUUUUUGUUACAUCUUUUUCUGUCCUUCUUUUUCCUCAGGUACCACGAAUAGAUUUACUGUAGAACUCAUCAACCUCAGAUGCUAACAUUAAGUUUUUUUUUUAUGGUCUUAUCCUGAGCUAUCCACAAAUUUUGGUCUGUUUUGUACUCGAAACAACACGUCGAACACAGUCUCAUAAACUCACCUUACUGAGACAGGCCUGUCCUUCUUCACAGCGGCAGCACGGAUAGAUUAAUGCAUUGUUUCUACCCAUUCAGAAAAUCAAAUAGGGACCAUUGGACUUGUCCAUCCGGGAUGAAAAACACACUUGCAGGGGUACUCCACUGAUUUAGUAUUGCUACUCUGUAAAGUUAGUGGACUUGCAAGACACAGAUUUUAAAAAGGAAUGGUCAAACUAUCUUUGUCUUUUAGUCUCUUGACUGGUUGUUUAAAGCAAGUCUAUCUCUGGCCUAACUCAGUAGAAACCUGAUGACGUCACUAUGACAUCAUCAGGGCUCCUAUAAAGCUCCUCAAGAGCCGCAGAGGAAAUUACACAACAGUUUCCGCGGGCUCUCUAUUGCUAAAACUUUAGCUGUACUCUGAUGUUGGCCCAUCUAGUGUCAUCUAUUAAUCAAUGAACAGUUUUACUGUAAAUAUUUUGUAUACAAAUUUACUGUAUAUCCCUAUGGGAAUUUUGUUAUGCAACCUGUUGAGGUGAGGUUACCGACUGUGGUGGUGGAAGAAUGAAGCUGUUUACUGGAACUGGAAAUAUUGCAUCAAAUGACGCUCUAUCUAAAUAAUCAACAGUAGUCUGGUCUAGUGGACUGCUCAUCCUGCCCAACUAUCAGGACAGUCGUCUCAGGUUAGUAACUCGUUUUAGCAUCCCAUCCUGUCCUCAUGCCACCGAGGAAAACACUUUCCCUGCUGCCUAAACCUUCACGUUUUACUGUAUCUUCAAAUGACAAUCUAGGACGUCCAUAUGGGCUUGUUAUGUAAUGUAAACAUGUAGGGUCAUCUCUGUUGGAAGCCCACUUCAUAGCACCCAUUCCUGAAAGACCAAAAAAGAAAAAAGAAAGAAAAAGUAAUGCAGUAAAUAGAAAUCUUUGGUUACUGAAAAUGAUGCGAGAGUAGGCACUGUGUAUGGAAGCUGAAGGAUGAGCUGAGCUGAGGUGUGAUUGUGUGUAUGUAUGUAUACAUAACAUGGAGGACAGACAGCGAGAAAGCAUGAGUAAUAUGUGAGUGUGUGCAGUUUUUUCACAGAGAAACUGCAUUGACUUAGGCCCAUGUGAUGCUGUCUGUUACUCACUCACUGUGGCCUUCAGUUGAGCUUUCGAAAUCGGCCGGUUGGCGUAAACACUACGCUCGUUUCACAACCGCUAAGUGAGUUCAUUUAAGCGUUUUGUAUCAAGGUUGUCGGAUCCUACACGAGGGGGAAAAGAAUUAGGUUCAGCAGAUACAAGUAGUCCUGAAGGAUCUUAUUGCCUGAGGCCCGCUCAGCAUGUGAGGAAAACAGCAGAGGAUUUGUUUGUCAUGUUGACAACACUCGAGUAAAUUAAUGAUCUUUUUCACCCUGAAAUGCACAGAAAAAAUAUUGUCUAGAAGUAGCUGAAGUGUCAGAGAAAAAACAAAGUGUUUUUACAAGUGCCUGUACAUUUUUCAAACAUUUUUUUUGUACAUAUGUAUUUAUUUAUGCUUUUAUUACAAAAUAGCACGUAUUAAACUAUUGGCCUCUUUGGCAUCUUUUAACAGGUGCAAGGGUGAAGGCUGUUUCUGUGAAAAAGAUAAAUUAUUUGUAUAGAUGUGGUAUAGAAGCAUCAUCAAAUCUAAUUUAUUUUAACAUUACCCACUUUAUCCUGUAGCUUGCUAUAACGUCACAGAGCCUAUAGCUGAUGUCUGCUGUCAGUAUGUAUCACAUUAGCUGCAGAUGAGAUUACUGAAGGGUAUCAGAAUUUGCACCUGUGGUCACAUCCAUGUAGCCUGUAUCAGCUGAAAACAUUUUUCCUGUCACACAACUGAGAUGUUUUGUGGUGUUUUGUUUUUGGACCUCAUCAUGUUGUCAAUACUGCUAUCUGGGUCUUAUAUAACCACUUGUUUUCUUCUUAUCAGCGAUCUGUUUUAUGGUUAAACGUACCAGAUAAACACUGCAGAUAUCUUUAACUGGAUGGGUGGAGUUGUUUUCAGCCCACAUUGUGCUCAACCAAAUGUUUAAUUUCAGACAAAAAAAGUGCCAAUGGUCCGACUAUGUUAAGGCCAGACGUCAUUGUGUUCAUACGUGAUUGAUCAGGUUGUUUUUUUUAAAUCAGUUUCUUCAGUUUCAUUGUCAUAAUGUGUUCAGCCAUAACAAAAACUUGUAUUUCAUUUUCCUUAUACAUCCAUCAGAUUAUGUAUAAAUAUGCAGUUACCAAAUAGAUUUUAUACAAAAUAAAAGAACUGCAUUGUUAAUGA